CUGCCUCCUUGAACUGACAACAGCUCUGACAGUGCCUUGUGCCUCUCACCAGGCCCCUUGGAACAGAGACACCCCCAGCCACCCAAACCCUGACGGCGGGCCCCUUGUCCAUGGUCCCGUGGCCCUCUGUGUCCUGACAUGCCAGGCAGCAGCAGUACACGCGUAGCCCCAGCAGCCCAGCCAUGGAGCAGCAAGUCUGGAUACUGAGGGGCUUCCUGGCUCAAGUGGAGAGCAAGGAGGCUGAGGAGGAGGAAGCGGAGAGUGGCUUCACAGGGGAGUUCUCAAGGCUCAAACGCCAGUCCACCAAGUACCGCACUGACAAAACCUACCCCACCAAAGUAGCGGAGAAGCAGGAGAACGUGAAGAAGAACCGAUACAAGGACAUUGUUCCCUUUGACCACAGCAGAGUGAAGCUGUCCCUUACCACCUCUAAGAAUGACAAUGACUACAUCAAUGCCAGCUUCAUCAAGGGAGUGUCAGGGGCCAGGGCCUACAUUGCCACUCAGGGCCCUCUGCCCCACACCGUGCUGGACUUCUGGAGGAUGCUCUGGGAGUACAACAUAGAGGUCAUAGUGAUGGCUUGCAGGGAGUAUGAGAUGGGCAGGAAAAAGUGUGAGCGCUACUGGCCGGAGAAACAAGAGGAGCCAUUUGUUUGUGACCCAUUUACUAUUUACUGCGACUCAGAGGAAAGUAAAGGGGACUAUGUGAGCAGAAACUUGAGGGUGACCUACCGUAAUUGGUGCCGGACCCUGAGACAGCUGCACUAUAUCAACUGGCCCGACCAUGGGGUCCCUGACACCAUCCCUCCCAUCCUGGAGCUGCUGCAAGAGAUGCGAUCCUACCAGGCCCAUGGGGAUGUGCCCAUCUGCAUACACUGCAGUGCUGGCUGUGGAAGAACAGGAGCACUGUGUGCCAUCGACUACACCUGGAACCUGGUGAAAACACAGCUGCUCAAAGAAGACUUCAGCAUCUAUGACCUGGUUCAGGACAUGAGAACACAGAGGCCUUCUGUGGUUCAGACCAAGGAACAGUACGAGCUGGUGUACAGAACCAUCAAGUUCCUGUUGGAGAAGUAUCUGCAGUCCAUUGCACCAGCACAGGAUUCCUGCACAGAGGAGGUGCCAGCGGCCCCCUCACCCCCUACAGCCAGUGACAGUGAGCUCUCUGACCUCAGCGAGGCGUCUGAAGCUGAACAGGAACCAGAACCUGAGCCACAGCAUCAAAUGGAACCACAGACAGAGCACAGAGAGAGAAAUGCCUCCAUAUUGUGUUGCAGGCACCCAGAUAGGGAGGAGCCUGAUGGGAUAUCCAAUCACGUCUUACCAGUGGCCCUCUCUGCCUCAGCAGCGGUGCAUGAUGGUGACCCACUGUCUGACUCGGCUACGUGCUCCCCCUCAGUCAUCCUCAAUGCCCUGAGAGCCAGGGACAGGCAGAGGGAACAGCAGAGACCAAACUCCCUACCAACACAGACUAUUAACCAGAAACCACAACCCCUACAGAUACAGACUAAUAGCAUGUCCAUGAACCAGAGACCACCAUACCCACUACCGACAAAGCCCGAUACAUUGCCCACCAGCCAGGCCCUGAGACAAGAGCCCAGUCUCCGCAUCCCCAUCAUAACCUCUCAGGCACUCAUGCCUCAGGAAUUCUGUCAGAGAGCCAUGGAGCAAAAGAAGGUGGAGAGUGAUGGAGAGAUCACCCGACUGGUACCACCAGUGCUCUCUGCAGUUUCCAUCUCCAACCCCCUCUGUCUCACUGUGGAGGACCUCUACUUCUUACCUGACUUUUCAAUGACCUCACCCCUGGCUGCUGAGGCUCCCAGAGGUGCUGAUAAUGAGGAGGAGCUGGUUCCUCUGAGCAAGUUGACAGAGAACCCCUGUUUCAAUGGUUCAAGUAUAACUCUUAAAGACCAGGCGAUGGAACUGCCAGCCCUUGUCAUCACAAACGCUGCCGCAGGGGCACUUGUACCUUUCUCGGAUGAAGACAGUCCACCUCCAUUACCUGAGAGAACCCCUGAAUCAUAUGUACUGGCUGCUGGAACAGAGCAUCCUGAUAACAUCUCUAAACCGGAGAGGUUAGAGGUCAUCAUCCCUCCUAAUGCUGCAGCUGAAGCCCUCGGGGAGAACGGGAGUGCCCCCUCGCCUAUCCCCCCACUGCCAGAGAGAACGCCAGAAUCCUUUGUGUUGGCCAACAAUUCCGGUAGGAGCACUACUGUCUUCCCUUCCCUCUCAGUCCCUGUGGAAAUGGUGGUCCAGAAGUCAGAAGAGAGAGAGUGGUCUGGACGUUCAGUGGACACUCUGGUGGAUAAGAUGUCUUGGACGAGGAGCAAAAGCUUGAAAGUAAAAAUGACAACACUCUCAGUGUCACCUCAGGAUACAGUAUCACCUCCAGUUACAUUGCCUCCCCCGGUUAGAUAUUCUGUUCCUACUCCCUGUACAUCAGUAAACCUUCCUCCUCCCCCUCCACCUCCCUAUCCUCUGGCCCCUUCUCUCUCACCUCCAGGUAGAACCUCACUGAUUUGUGGUGGUUUUUAUUGUGAAGGCUCAGAUAAUCUGACUCCCCCUCUACCUGAGAGAACCCCAGAAUCCUUCUUCCUGGUCACUCAGGAAGUUGAUCAAAACAGUGCCCCCUGCCUGCAGAGUCAGAGCAACAGCCAGACCACAUCCACACAGCAGAGGAUCGGUACGUCCUCAGAGUGGGCAGGGAACUCCCAACCCAAAAGAUUACUGGAUGGAAUCAUGAAUCGGAGCAAGAGUGUCCACGCAAAGAGUUCACUGAAAGAGCCCCUGACUACUGUUCCUCUGGUUGCUCAAGCCGUUGUGGCUUUAGGAGGAAGUGCUGAAAUAAAGCUUCAGCAGACUGUGGACAACAGCACCUCAACCAGCACUGGGACUACUGAAGAAGAAUCAGACAAAAACAGUGGGAAGGCCUUGUCUAGAACAAAGAGCCUGAAGUUAUUCAAACUCAGACAGAAACCAAAGUCUGCCCCUCCACCAGUACCAACCCACUCUGGACCAUCUCCUCCUUAUGGUACCUCCGCCUCAUCAGUGUUCACAUUUGGAUUUGGGACUCGUUUUGGGAAGCCUAAAGGGCCAAGGAGUCAUCCUGAGACGUGGGUGUAAGACAGCCAGUCAACAAAGCUGGAUAUGUCUGGCCACUGUCCUCAGAUCACAGGGCUGGAACCCUGCAUGUGGCUACUAGCCACUCAACUGGACUAGGGAUGGUCCCAAGACAACUUUUGACAUUAUGGAGGAAGAGCAUCAUUCCAAGAAGAAUCAUGUAGCUUUCUCCCUGUUUUUCUGAGACGACAUGAACACUGUCUUGCAAACUGCUCUCACGGCCCAAUGAUCAACCUCGGAUUAGCUUUAAAUUGGAGCACCUGCUAUUCAUGACAAAUUGAUCGUACUGUAGUUAUUUAUCCGUGCCUGAAGGGAGAACUUGUGCAUCUGAAAUGUGGUGGAAGGAUGCAAUCAAUUGUAGGCAAAGGAUUGAUGGAAAGAAUGGAAGGAUGAGUUGAUGAAUGUUAAUGAGUUGAUGAAUGGCUACUUUUGGCUAUUUUGCCUGAUAAAUACAGUAAGGUACUUUGAAUAGUUGGUAGCACGUUAUUUAAUACACGUUACCAAAUAUUUUUCUAUGCUGAUGUUUAUUUGUUAUUGUUUGUAUAGGCUCCUUCUGAUCCAGACAAAAUCCAGAUCUACACCUGGACUGUACAGAGUGAUUAACUUUUUUAAAGAGUAAUAUAUUUGUGCUGGUAUUAUUUUUCAUGGUGGUGUGAGAUAAGCAGACAGGUCUGUAUUGUGCAAGCAUCACAUUCAUUGUUGUAACUUGGUGGAUGUGUUUUCUAUAUGGGCUAUAAUUUAAAAAGUAAAGAAAAUACAUAUUGCUCUAAAUUUA